AUGGGACACGACCCUGAGGCAUUUGAAACCCCCGAACGGGAGGAUCAACUGUCCCUCCUGCUCUCCAUAGUAAAACACAGCCCUACAGUGAGGGGGAUCGUAGUGCACUGGUUGGAGUGGGUUGCAGAGGCAAUAGAAGGGAAUACAGAGACAGAAAUUCGCCUGGAUUUCCUUUUUUGGCUCUCGUAUGACACUUUUCCUUUGUUUUUCCCUUGCAGCUGCCCCCUGACUCCGACAGUGAGCAAAGCCAGUGCUGGAGCCAUGGAGGUCUUUGAUGUCUACAGCACAGAUGAUCUCCAGAGCUUUUUGAAGGCUAAAAUUGCAGAAGGCUGGGAAGUGGUGGGGACAACCAGCAAACCCGAGGAUGUGGAAGAUGUCCCUGUCAUCAGUUGCUUGGAAUUUCGGUGGGAUAAACCCCUUAUUGUAGUGAUAGGUAGUGAAGGGGAGGGCCUUUCCCUGGAGACACAGCUGCUGUGCCAUCGGGUGCUGGCCAUCCCCCCUGGCAGAGCCCUGCACCCCGGCGUCGACUCGCUCAACGUCUCUGUUGCUACUGGUAUCCUCCUGCACUCCAUCUGCAGCCAGAAACGGAGGCACGGAGACUGAAAUCCUCUCUGUGUGGUGGGGGAGGCUGCUCAGCAUUCCCUGGCUCUGCUCAGUGUGGAUAUGGAAGAGCUCUUCCCAGAGUCUCCACCGUCCCUGCAGGUCACAGGCAGAGCCCCACUGGCUGAUGCAGGAUGCCACCAGAUCCCUGGCUUAGUGCCCAGGGCAGACACCUCCUGUCCUGAGUAGCACUGGGGAGGAGCAGCUCCAGGGAGGGGAAAGACGAAGCCAGCCCUGAAAGCAUCCAGCUGUAUCCUUCAGUUCUGGCAGGAAAACACCCAGGGGUGGCUGUGAGCUUUGUGCUUGUCGUGCAUCACUUGAGCUGUGGAGAGAAUUUGGGCUGUGGGGGGAAAGUGCUCGGCUGGUGCUGCCACUGAGCCAAGCCCUGUGCCCACCCUGAGCCCACCCUGAGCCCACUCAGCAGGGAGAGGGAGCUGCCAAGAGCCUGCUGUGCUUUGGAACCCUCAGCAGGGACUUCCCCAUGAGGAGGUGGUUUCUCUGUGUUUGGCUGUAAACCAGGUGGGAGCCCUGCCGAGGGAUGGAUGUGAGCUGUUGGAAAAAAACCCACAGCCCGUGGAAAUAAAGCUCCUGUAAAGUUUGUUGUAGACUCGAAUCAA